UAUUUAUUAAGCUUGACCCCGCGAAAUUGGCGCGACGUGGGGCGGCGGACCUGAAAACCUUCCGCACUCAACCCGCUUAAAUCUUACCCCCUCCUCAUCACCUCGCCCGCCGUGAUGUCGGACUCCAAGGAUACCAAAGGCAAAGCGCCCCAGGCUGAAGACACACAAGCAGGUAGCUCUGAACAAAAGCCCGAGGAUGUGUCAAUCACCCCCAAGAUGGCGGAGAAGCUGUUGGAGAAUAACCCGGCGCUGAAGAAUGAGCUGGCCGGAAUGGACAAGAAAGAAGCUGCGGAGGCAUUGCGCAAGAUGACCAUCUCCGAGCUGCUGACUGGUCUAUCGGUCGGUGGGAAGAACCAGAAGGACAUGGCUUCGUACAGGUUCUGGCAAACACAACCCGUCCCCCGUUUCGAUGAGGCCAGCAAUGCCAGCGGAGGUCCCAUUAAGAUCAUCGACCCCGAGAAGGUGUCGAAGGAGCCCGAUCAGCUCAUCGAAGGUUUCGAGUGGACAACUCUUGAUUUGACCAACGAGACCGAGCUGCAGGAAUUGUGGGACUUGUUAACAUAUCAUUACGUGGAGGACGACAAUGCCAUGUUCCGCUUUAGAUACUCCCAGUCAUUUUUGCAUUGGGCUCUGAUGUCUCCCGGCUGGAGAAAGGAAUGGCAUGUGGGCGUUCGUGCUACCAAGUCUAAGAAGCUUGUCGCAUCUAUUUGCGGUGUGCCUACCGAGAUCCGUGUUCGCGAUCAGAAGCUCAAGGUGACGGAAAUCAAUUUCCUCUGUAUCCACAAGAAACUGCGGUCUAAGCGUUUGACUCCCGUUCUCAUCAAAGAGAUCACCCGUCGCUGCUACCUGAAUGGAAUCUACCAAGCCAUCUAUACUGCUGGUGUGGUUUUGCCUACGCCAGUCAGCUCUUGCCGCUACUAUCACCGUCCAUUGGACUGGUUGAAGCUUUAUGAGGUCGGCUUCUCUCCCCUUCCUCAUGGCUCUACCAAAGCCCGUCAGAUCACCAAGAAUCAUCUUCCCAGCACUACAUCUACGCCUGGACUGCGUCCCAUGGAGACCAAGGACAUUGACGCAGUCCACGACUUGGUCGAGCGGUAUUUGAAGCGCUUUGACAUGAACCAGGCUUUCACAAGAGAGGAAAUCGAACAUUGGCUGGUACACAAGGACGGCGAAGGAAAGGAGCAAGUUGUCUGGUCAUAUGUGGUAGAAGAUCCUGAGACACACAAGAUUACUGACUUCUUCUCGUUCUACAACCUCCCAUCUACGGUCAUUCAGCACCCUAAGCAUAAGGAGGUGCGCGCUGCUUACCUCUAUUACUAUGCAACCGAGACCGCAUUCACGGAGGAUCUAAAGACCUUGAAAGAGCGUCUUCUACUUCUGAUGAACGAUGCCUUGAUCCAGGCCAAGAAGGCUCACUUCGAUGUGUUCAACGCCCUUACCCUGCACGACAACCCUCUCUUCUUGGAGCAGCUGAAGUUCGGUGCAGGUGAUGGCCAGCUUCACUUUUACCUUUACAACUACAGAACGGCCCCAAUCCCAGGCGGUGUUAAUGAGAAGAACCUGCCGGAUGAGAAAAAGAUGGGAGGUGUUGGCGUUGUUAUGUUAUAAAAUCUGAGCGCUGUUCAUACUCUCUGCCUCAAAAUGUAUUUACCCGUAACGAGAGGUGGACGAAGAAGUUAUGAAUCAAAACCCAGUUGACCUGUGACGAGACUCUUCUCACAUGAUCACAA